ACCUGUCCCUCUGAAGUCCUCGGGCUGCGGCUCUUAAAAUGGUUUGGGCAGCGGCUCUCUUCUUUAUUGUCGUUCCACUCGUUAACUCAGAAGACUACUGCUACGAUGAGCCUCAGUGUGAUCCUUAUGCAUGGGGAGACAUGUACCCGUCGUGUCACCCUUUGCUUGAAGAGCUCCACUCUCCCAUCAACCUGGACCACCAGAUGACCAGAAACCAGUCUCUGGAGUAUCUCCAUCUGGAGGGCUUCGAUGAGAUCCAAACGGGCCACUGGACACUUAAAAACGAUGGACACUCUGUGGUGAUGGAGGUUGGCGGUGGCAUGUCAGUGAGCGGUGGAGGUCUUCCAGAUGUGUACCAGACCAUCCAGCUGCACUUCCACUGGGGGGGCCCGGCCUCCAACGGAUCGGAGCACACGGUGGACGGACGCAGAUACCCGAUGGAGAUGCACAUAGUCAACAUGAAGUCCAUCCAUCCCAAUCUGACGGCGGCAUUAGACGAUCCAACAGGACUCGCUGUGCUUGGAUUCUUCAUUGAUGUUGUCUAUGCAGACAAUGUGCACUUUGGACUCAUAUCACAAAAGCUGUCGUCUGUCGCUUACAAAGGCCAGACGACUAAAAUCAAGCCGUUCCCGCUGAUGAACCUGCUGCCGAAGCACAACAUGAGUCAGUAUUACCGUUACUAUGGCAGCCUCACCACGCCCCCCUGCUCUCAGGUGGUGGUGUGGACUCUGUAUGAAGUCCCCGUCUACAUCUCACGGUCCCAACUGGCUCAGUUUACCUCACAGAUCUUCUCCACAGAGGAGGAUGCAGAGCAGGUGACGCCUCUGCAGAGAAACUUCAGACACAUCCACUCCACCUUCGGACGCAAAGUGUCCGUGUCCAAAGAUGCCAAACUCCUCGCGGGGACGGCCGGGCUUCCCCUCAGCUCAGCUUUGUCUCUGCUUCAAAUCAUUUUGCUGGGAAGCUUCAUCAUCUCUGGACUCUAACGCAACUUAAGGGGAUUCAUAUUUUUGCCACUCAUUUUACCCCAAAAUGACUUUUAGAUGAUGUUUAGAUGAAGUCUAGCAAAGAUUAUAUAUUUUAAAACACUGUGAAAAAAGUACUGUAAAUGUUGAUUUGUUACUAAAUGUAUUAUGAUUGUGCCCUCUCGUCUCUGCAGCGUUAGUGCAUUCAGAAAUGUGAAAAUGUUUUGUUACUAACUUGUUCAAAAAUAAUGUGAACUGAGGAUCAAGUUGUGAUGUACGAGGGCACCCUAGCUUGAAAAAGAUGCAAUAUACGUGAUUAUAACAAUAUAAGUGUUAACAGUAAAAGAAAAAUAGAUGUAUUUAGUCAAAUAGAAUAGUAAGAUACAACACUAAGAGUCGGCUCUGUCCAGCAUGCUAGUUAAUGUAGAGCAUGCUAACCUUUGCUUAUUGUGUGGUGCAUAGGAAGGUGAUUAUUUUUGCAAAUAUCAUAAAACGAAGGAAAACAUUUUAAAAAAUCAAUUAAAAUAUUGACCUGGUGCUAAAUGAAAAGUAUAAUAUUUAAAUAAAAAACAAAAAUGUCAACCUCAUGGUGGAGCUAGCAUGGCAAAAAGAAAAAAAGGGAAAUAAGCGGUAAUCAUAAAGAUGUGUUUUAAAGGAUUUUUCUGUUGUGUUGGCUCGAGGUAUUUUCAGAAUAGCCCUAGUGUAUGCAAAGUUCACUUACUGCAGCAAGUGCCUUCUAACAUCCAUCUAUUUCUCUGACAGUCAUUACAGGAAAACCAAAGGUGUAAUUAUUAAAACAAUAAGGGGUAAAAUCCAUUCAGCUUUACGUGUUGUAUUUUACAUGCUAAAUCACUUAUACCCACAAUCCAGUGGAGCUGAACUAUUUGUAAUGAGUAACACCUGUGCUCUGUUGAAGAACACCAAGCUCAUUAAGUUAUGUGAAGCUAUGAAAUGCUAAUGAGCCGCAACUCCUGCAUUCGCCAUGCAAAAUGUUCUGUGUGUGUGUGUGCAGCAUUUGCAUAUUUGGGUCGACCAGCAUCAGUGUAAACCUGUGUCAUGUAGACAAGGAGAUCAGGAAUGCAAGAAAAAUAAUAAGAUAAGGGGAUUGACAGUCUUUUCAUAUGAUGUUUAAUGUAUUGAAACAAUAAACAUACUAUUCUGUGUCCCAUGUGUUGUUGUCUUUGAUUAAUGAAAGACAUUUGCUUUCUUUCUCUGCAUUGUUUCCUGUUCUGUGAGACAAUGACUAUUAUGCUUCAGUGAUUUGUAAAUCUGUGGCUGAGGUGAGUCAGCAUCAACCUGAGAUGUUAAAAUGACACAAACCCAGCAGGAUUACCGUUUAUGCUAGUGAAAGAGAAGUAAGGACAUAAAGUCAAGCUGAUAAAUCUGAAUGUUUCUCAUGUAAACAUCAAAACAGUGCCGCAAUAAUACAAAACAAACAUGACAUCUUCAGUUGAAAAUAAAUAAAAUAACACAGCUGGAGAGAUAAUGGUUGACCAAUCAGGUCACUUGCUCUGGAGGCUAGUGGUCAACAUCCUCAGGCUGUCAUGGCCAAGAGGUGGCACACACACACACACACACACACACACACACACACACACACACAUAAACAACACUGUAAGCCUUUCUCUGAUCUUUAUGUGUUUAUGUGAGUCCUAUGAUAAGCAAAGGUGACGUCAGGAUGCAGAUUUUCACAAAAACAAACACAGCAGGAAACAAAUGCUCUAAUUUCUGUAUUGUUUUGGGUUUUCUCCCCUAAAGCCUUCCCUCUCUACAUAACAAAAAAAUAAUAAUAAUAAAUAUUAAAAUAUAUUGGGUUCCACUUCUAAGUUUUAUUUAGUGGAUAAAUGUCCCACUAUUGUGUCUAUUGUGGCUUGGGUGAUAUAUUCCUGUAUGAGUAUUUGCACACACUAGCUAUGUGUGUGAGUGUUAGUGAAUUAAUGAAUCACAUGAUUAGCUGGUCGAUCUAACCAGACACAGACUCAUUGUUUUCUCAGCUGCUUCUUAGUGUUUACAUUCAGGGCUUCAAUCGGGUUUAUCUUUGUGGGGGGUUUCUGUGUCGAACUUUUCAAAUAUCCAAAGCGUUCAAUGAACUUUUUUUUUUUUUUCAAUUUUUCGACUCACUCUAUUCGAUUUUUUUAAGACAGCUUAUACUUUCAUUAUUUUUCCCCGAGUGGCGAAGUCACGCCCAUCUACUUCCGGUCCAUGGGACCUUAUUUCGGAAAAACUAUG